GGAGGAGGAGGAGGAGGAGCCGGGGCGGGCUGGCGGGCGGCCGGGUGGCGGCGGCGGCAUGGCGGAGCCGAGCGGGGCCGAGGCCAGGCCCCCCAUUCGGGUCACCGUCAAGACCCCCAAGGACAAGGAGGAAAUCGUGAUCUGCGAUCGAGCCUCCGUCAAGGAGUUCAAAGAGGAGAUCUCCAGGAGGUUUAAGGCUCAGCAGGAUCAGCUGGUCCUGAUCUUCGCAGGCAAGAUCCUCAAGGAUGGGGACACCCUGAACCAGCAUGGGAUCAAGGAUGGGCUCACUGUCCAUCUGGUCAUCAAGACCCCUCAGAAGGCUCCAGAUCCAGCUGCCACCACUGCUUCUUCCCCCUCCACUCCAGACCCUGCCUCGGCACCCUCCACCACGCCCGCUUCACCCGCCGCCCCGGCCCAGCCCUCCACCUCUGGCAGUGCCACUUCGGAUGCUGGCAGCGGAAGCCGGAGGAGCAGUGGGGGGGGGCCCUCCCCAGGGGCUGGGGAGGGACCCCCCAGCGCUACUGCAUCCAUACUCUCUGGCUUUGGGGGCCUCCUGGGCCUGGGCAGCCUGGGCCUGGGCUCCGCCAACUUCAUGGAGCUGCAGCAGCAAAUGCAGAGACAGCUGAUGUCCAACCCCGAGAUGCUGUCGCAGAUCAUGGAGAACCCCCUGGUCCAGGACAUGAUGUCUAACCCCGACCUGAUGCGCCACAUGAUCAUGGCCAACCCCCAGAUGCAGCAGUUGAUGGAGCGGAACCCUGAGAUCAGCCACAUGCUCAACAACCCGGAGCUCAUGAGGCAGACCAUGGAGCUUGCUCGAAAUCCAGCCAUGAUGCAAGAAAUGAUGCGGAACCAGGACCGGGCCCUGAGCAACCUGGAGAGCAUCCCCGGAGGGUAUAACGCCCUCCGCCGCAUGUACACAGACAUCCAAGAGCCGAUGUUCAGUGCUGCCCGGGAACAGUUUGGCAACAACCCCUUCUCUUCCCUGGCCGGGAACUCCGACAGCUCGUCCUCCCAGCCUCUGCGGACUGAGAACCGAGAGCCCCUCCCUAACCCCUGGAGCCCCUCGCCCCCCACCUCCCAGGCCCCCGGGUCCGGGGGGGAGGGCACCGGAGGAUCGGGGACCAGCCAGGUGCACCCGACAGUCUCCAACCCCUUUGGGAUCAAUGCGGCUAGCCUGGGGUCAGGAGUGUUCAACAGCCCCGAGAUGCAGGCUCUCCUCCAGCAGAUCUCUGAAAACCCGCAGCUGAUGCAGAACGUUAUCUCUGCCCCCUACAUGCGCAGCAUGAUGCAGACGCUGGCCCAGAACCCCGACUUUGCUGCUCAGAUGAUGGUGAACGUGCCGCUCUUUGCGGGGAACCCCCAGCUGCAGGAGCAGCUCCGCCUCCAGCUCCCCGUCUUCCUGCAGCAGAUGCAGAACCCGGAGUCCCUGUCCGUGCUCACCAACCCCCGCGCCAUGCAGGCCCUGCUGCAGAUCCAGCAGGGCCUGCAGACCCUGCAGACCGAGGCCCCUGGGCUGGUACCCAGAGGCUGCCUCCCACCUCUUGGUCUCUCCUGCCUGCAGCCUUGGCUCCUUCGGGAUGUCCCGGACCCCGGCGGCCCCGGCAGGCAGCGACACUGGGUCUGCGCCAGAGGCCCCCACCUCCUCGCCAGCGCCCCCCGCCACGCCUUCUCCAGCGGGGGCUCCCAAUGCUCCCCAGCACCUCAUGCAGCAGAUGGUCCAGCUGUUGGCAGGGGGCGGGAACUCCCAGGUGCAGACGCCAGAAGGGGGUGGCCCUGCGCCCCCUUCACGAGGCCCGUCCUCUGCAGGUGCAGACGACGCCGGAAGUACGGUUCCAGCAGCAGCUGGAGCAGCUCAACUCCAUGGGCUUCAUCAACCGUGAAGCUAACCUGCAGGCCCUGAUCGCCACAGGAGGGGACGUCAACGCAGCCAUCGAGAGACUCCUGGGCUCGCAACUCUCCUAACCCCCCGGCCGCGCCUCCUGCCUCUCCCUUCCCUGGGCGCCAGCGCCUGGCUCCUCUGUCGGCCCCUGCCCCUUGCCUGCCGCCCCAUCUCCCCACCCCGUCCUCUCCAGACAGCAGGGUGACUUUAGGGGCACGGGCCUCGCCCCAGUGCCCUGCGCAUUUUGGGUUUACUUGUACAUCUCUUAUGGAGUCUUUGCUCUGGGCCCUGCUCCAGCAGGGCCGUUCAAGUGGUUUUCACAGUGUCGCCGGUCAGCCCCAGCUCCUGGCCCCACCGCCUCCUGGCACAGCCUGUAGACCUCUGGUGGCGGUGGCCUGGCCAUGCUGGGUGGGAGGAGGGACUGGGGCGGGGUCUUCGUGUGUGCCUCUAGGGCUCUGCUUGUUGUCUGGUUACUUGUGGCGACUCCUCUGUCUCUCUCUCCACCUGCAGCCUCACCCCUGCUGGGACCACACACUGAAGCAGGGCUGGCGGUUGGGGGGGUGGGGACAGGCUCUCUUUUCCAUCCCCCCGCCCCCCCCCCCCCAUCCUGGUCCCUUCAUCCAGGCUUUGUUGGGAUGUCCCGUCCGAAGGGGGAGACCAGACAUCACCCUCUGUGUGAGGAACCGAGCCCUGGACCGGCCCGAUGGAGUUGGGUGCAAAGGAGGGAGGAGAUUUUCUGGAGGAGGGGGAUGGGAAAACGAACUGAGUCACAGGCUCAGCGGCUGGAACCCGGAAUGGACACUUUGGGAGUGGAGGCCCCACGGAGCUCCCUUAGGCGGGGUCCAGGCUCAGGCCUGGCAGAGGGCCCUGGAGAUGCUAACGGGGUCUGAGCCGCAGGAAGGGCUCAGGGAAGCCAAGCGACACGGUUCACGGGGGCUCCUGCCGGCUCCGUUUCCAGGACUCGCCUGCAUCCCCAGGUACCGGGGUCUCGGUCCCCCUCACGAGACACGAAGGGAUUGGGGUCUGUCUCAGCAGCGGGUGUGUAUGUGGUGGGUACUCACUCACACACACACACACACACACACACACACACACACACACACUCGAGUGGCACAGGACGGCGGAUUCCUGGUUGGUUUCUGGUUCCGAGCUGUCUCCCACCAGAGAGAGGUAGGCAGGAGGGCUGGUCCAGGGCAGGAGUGCACACAGUCCGGGGAGCUAGGUCCUGGGCCUCUGGGCACCGGGUACCCCAAGGGCAGUGUGGUCCUGAAGCUGUCGGGGAACAGUAGAGGGGUCUCUACCCCUGCAGCCCCGGCCUUUGGAUCCUUCACCGUUUCCUUCCAGGCCAGAGAGUUCUAUCUGAGGAAGGGAAGGAGAGGGCAGCGGCGACGCCUUUGGUGUGGAAUUGGACGUUGCUGUAUUGAGCGCAGGGGAGGCUCCUCUCGCCUCUUCUCUCUGCGGCUUCGCGCAGCUGCUCGGAGGACCCGUGGCCGAGAAUAUGGAGGCGCGAGGGGCACAAUUGUCUCCCGAGUGGGAAAGCGUCCUGAGCAAUCCGGAGAGGGUGUGUGUGGCUCUCCCUCCUGACCUCCCCAACUUCCACACUGGCCUUUGUAAAUAAACGACGUGGUCUUUGCUGUCGGGA